AUGCUUGGUUUGGAUGCAGCAGGAAAGACAACAGUUUUAUAUAAAUUAAAACUUGGUGAACACGUCACAACAAUUCCAACAAUUGGUUUCAAUGUUGAAACAAUCGAAUUCAAGAGUUUCAACAUGAACAUUUGGGAUGUUGGAGGCCAAGAUAGGAUCAGAGCACUUUGGAGACAUUAUUUCCACAACACUAAUGGUCUCAUUUUCGUUGUUGAUUCAAACGACUUCGGAAGAAUUGAUGAAGCAAGAGAUGAACUUCAUAAGCUUCUCGAAGAAGAUGAGCUGAGAGAUGCGAUCCUCUUGGUUUAUGCAAACAAACAAGACUUGCCAAAUGCUGUUAAACCUCAAGAGCUUGGAAACAGACUUCGCUUGAAUACCAUCACAAACAGGCCAUGGCAAGUUCAAGGUUGCUGUGCAACAACAGGUGAUGGACUCUAUGAAGGUCUUGAUUGGCUUGGCGAGCAAAUUAAACAACAUUUCUAA